AUCCUUUUCAAGUGGAUGACCAUGGAAUCCGAGAAGCUCUCUGAGAAGCAGGAGGAAAUUCUUUCUAUCCUGGAAGAAAAAUUUCCUAACUUGCCUCCGAGAGAAGACAUUAUCAGCGUCCUGCAGGAGACCCAGUUCGGGGCUCAGGGUUUAAGUAUUGAACAGGCAAUGCUUAAAGAUAUAAAAGAACUGUCAGAUGGAGAAAUAAAAGUGGCCAUUAGUACUGUCAGCAUGACCCUUGAGAACUGCAUGUUCCACAGCAUCGCCAGUGAUCUGAAGGCAUUUGCAGACAAGUUUGGCUUUGAUGUCCUCCUCCUCUUAGCUGGCUUCCUGUCAGACGAACAGCAACCACGAAGACAGAUUGCUGUGUACUCUGAGAACAUAGAACUGUGUGGUCAGAUUUGUUGUGAACUGGAGGAGUGCCAGAAUCCGUGCCUGGAGCUGGAACCCUUUGAAUGUGGCUGUGAUGAGAUCCUGGUAUACCAGCAGGAGAAUCCUUCAGUGACUUGUGACCAAGUGGUUCUCCUUGUCAAGGAAGUCAUCAAUAGGAGGUGUCCAGAGAUGGUCUCCAACAGCCGGACGUCCUCAACAGAAGCUGUGGCAGGGAGUGCCCCACUCUCCCAGGGCUCUUCUGGUAUCAUGGAGCUGUACGGUUCUGACAUAGAGCCUCAGCCUUGCUCUGUAAAUUUCAUAGAAAACCCACCAGAUCUCAAUGAUUCGAACCAAGCUCAGGUGGAUGUCAACAUCGACCUUGUUAGUCCAGAUAGUGGACUGGCCACCAUUAGGAGUAGCCGUUCAUCUAAAGAGAGCUCAGUAUUCCUCAGUGAUGACAGUCCAGUGGGAGAAGGUGCUGGCCCUCAUCACAACCUCUUCCCCGGGUUCGACUCCUAUAGUCCAAUUCCUGAAGGGGUAGUCGCAGAGGAGCAUGCCAGAUCUGGAGAACACAUUGAACACUUUGACCUCUUCAACUUUGACCCAGCGCCCAUGGUCUCUGGGCAGUCUCAACCAUCUUCCCAUUCUGCAGACUACUCCCCAGCAGAUGACUUCUUCCCUAACAGUGAUUCUUCAGAGGGACAGCUCCUCCAUGGACCGAAAGGACUCAGUGGGGUAGGGAUCAACACAUCCAAUUAUUCAUCCAGCUCGCUUUUGUCAGGGGAUGGCAAAGAUAGCCCUGUGGAAUUUGAUGAGGACUUUGUCGAGAGAGAUGAAAGCCCCGGGAAUAAUUCUGAAAGAAAUUUGAACCUGAUGGGCUUUAUGGAAGAUGAAUCUUCUUCACCAGAAAGACUAGGAAACAGUGGGAAGAGGAUUCCGCCAACGCCCAUGAACAGCUUUGUAGAAAGUUCACCAACCAAUGAAGAGCCGGCUGUACUGUUUGCAAAUGAUCUGGCUCCCAAAGCAAAUAACACGACAGCUCACACAGGGCCACCGCAGACACGUGCACGAUGCAGCAGUUGGUGGGGUGGUUUGGAAAUUGAUUCUAGAAACAUUGCAGAUGCAUGGAGUUCCAGCCAACAGGAGUCUGUCUUCCAGAAUCCUGAAUCAUGGAGAGAUCAUAAGCCAAACCCACUGGAGAGGAGAGCCUCCGAGUCUAUAUUUGAACCAAAGAGUCUUGAAUUCCCAAAGUCAACUCAACAGGAGUCCGACUUGGGUCAGUCUGGAUUGGAUAGCAAUUCAGUACAGGACCAAAACGAAGCCAUUUACCAGCGUCAGAAUCUGCCAGCUGAGAAAUCGCAUUUGCUGAAUGCAUCGCAGGCAACAAACCACUUGAUAGAAGACUUUGCAGCUCUGUGGUGUUCCAAUGGCUCUCCCACAGCUAUGCCGGAGCCCUGGGGAAAGCUCCCAGACCACGACCAACCAGCUGCUGCAGCAUCCUUCCCAGCCUGGAGUGCACUUAGUAAGGACGAAGACACUGAUGCUUUGAAAAAUACCUGGAAUCUGCACCCAACAAAUAACGAGGCACCUUCUGUGAGGGACCUGAAUGAGUGGGCCUUGACCAAAAGUGGGUUUUCUUUUCCUUCCGAAGACCUAGGGGAUAAUUCACCCAGUGAAGCAAGUAGAGAAGCAACUCCAGACAUCUGGGAUGAGAAUAACCACGACUCCAGAAAUAACAUUGUAGGAUCUGGAAGUCCCAAGUCUAAUCGGGAUCAUGGCUGGACUAGUUCUAAGUUGAUCGAGCCAGAGCGGAAGAGCACAGUAGUUAAAAAAAUGAGGGGGGAUGCAUAUGAAACGGUGGAUUCCUGGAACUUUUUUGAGGAAAAUAUCAAGAAAGGAGAGUCAGACGUCCUAGCUCCUUGGGAAGAUUCCUUUUUAGCAUACAAAUGUUCUGACUACAGUGCAUCCAACCUUGGGGAAGAUUCAGUGCCUUCCCCCUUGGAUACCAAUUACUCCACCUCUGACUCUUAUACGUCACCGACAUUUGCUGGAGAAGACAAAGAAUCAGAAAAUAAACCAUUUGGUAAAGUGGGAGGUGUGGCAGCAAGUGCUAUGGAGACUCCUGCAGAGACGGCUAAAGACCCCCCUCAAUCUCCUCAGCAGCCACCCAGACCUCGAAUUAGCUCAGAUCCCGGGGCCUUAGAGAUGUGGGCUUCACCUCCCACAGAGACCAGUCCUGACGUGAAUGCUGGUUGUACUCUGGGUGAGGGUUUACUUGAGACAGAGUCCACAGCUGACAAAGACAGCUCCUCAGAAAAGAUGCUGGAGCAAAGCCAUCAGGCAAGUUACGAUGACCCGGGCCUCAUGCGGCUUGGCAGUGAGACCAACCGCCAGCUCGCACUUCUGCAAAGCAGCACCAACUCCCGACACGCAGCCCCUGACUCCCUGGAGUCUUGGAAUGGAAUGGUUCUGGAGGACACCCAGUCCACAGCCACCAUCUCUGAUAUGGAUAAUGAUUUGGACUGGGAUGAUAGUAGUGGUGGCGUGCUGGUGCCAGGAGAAGGUCAGACCCAAGGAUACAUAGCUGACAGUGUCGAGCCGGAAACCAGAUUUUCAGUGAAACAGCUAGAACCCUGGGGUGUGGAAUACCAGGAGUCAGACCAAGUGGAUUGGGAAAGCCCUGCCCCUUCUAAGCAUGGCAGGGAUUCUGCUCCUGCUGGCUGUCCCCUGCCCCAUGAGAAGAGCGGGCAGCUCAUUGCAAACAGCAUCUGGGAUUCUGUCAUGAGAGAGAAUAUGUCAUCAUCAAUAUUCUCAGGGCCGUUGUAUAUUGCAGACUCAGAGCAAGGCAAUCCACCUCUUGACAGUCCGCACUCGUCAGAAGUUGAGGGUGACAGUCUGUCAGAAGUGCCAGAAACCUCUGAGGUCAGUGGAUUAGGAGCAUUUACACCUGGUCCCAACACACAGGACACAUGCAGUGGGGUCUUGCCACAAGAUUCUACAUCUGUUAUGACCACGAUGGCCAAUCCAGGGCAUUUUGCACCCUCAGAUCCAUGGAAUGAUCUGAGCAAUGUACAAAGUGAAGUUCAAAAGGAAAUGCAAGGGACUUCUGAGAGGGGUGAGAAGGAGGUGAUGGCUAGCGACCUCAUGAUAUCUGGAAUUGAACCACAUGGCCAAGAAGACUUUUCUCCAGACUCAUCUGAAUAUCAAGGAACCAACGAUGAGUCAGAAAGAAUCCACUCCCGUUCGGUUCCAACCAGUCCUCAGUCAGAAGAACCCCUGCAAGUCUUAGAGCCUGAGAAAGAAUCUUUCAAUUCGGACCUGUGUGAUGAGCAAAUAGGUCAGUCCCCAAACCACCUGCAGAUACAAGAGACCUGCGAAGAAGAGCGCCUCGCCAGUCCCAGAAAUCCCACUGAAAUUUCAGGAACAUGGGACUUAACAAUAAGCACCGACUCACUGGAAAUGGCUCUUGAGAAAACUGAAACAUGCAAUAUGAUGGAACCAGAGACAGGGAGCCCUGUGUCACCACAGCCGUGUCCCCCAAGCCCCCCAGUUUGGGAUGUCUCUACAGACAGGGAAGAGCAGCAGACCAUUGGCACAAGUUCAGAGACCACUAAGAAUCUUCAAGUUCCGUGUACUGAGACCAACAUUCCAGGAACCAGUUCAACUGGAAAUGAUGACAGAUACAGUAUUUCUAGUGAGUGUACACAUUCAAGUGCGUCAAGUCCAUGCUUAAAUGAUUCUCCAGCUACACAACCCUCCUGGGACCAUGAACUCAGUGCUGAGCAUCAGAAAGAAAAUCAAGGCAAUUGGGAUCAUAAUGAAAUAAAUGCAACUGAUGGCCAAGUGGAAGUAAUUACUGGAAUAAAGAACCUGGAGAAAGACAGAAUGGAAAGAUUUCAACAGAAUGUCGAUCAGAAAACUUCUGAAUUUUUAGAAGUUUGGAAUGACCCAGUAGAUGGGGAUGCCAUUUCCUCUCUAUCCAGCCCUGAAACAGGCAAAUGUUCUGAACCCCCAGACACAUUUCAGGAAAGAAAUUUAGUGAUUCAUGGUCAGGACCAAAAUGAACAAAAUGAGAAUUCUGGAACUGUGCAGUCAGAGAAUACCAAGGCCAUUUCCCCAAGUUCAGAGUCUGAUGAUGAUAAUAGAGAUGAUGAAGAGUCAUUGGAGAGAGAGACCCUUAGCCAGUUUAGUCCGCACGAUUCUGGAGCUUGGAGAUCAUUGAGUGAAUCCAGAAGGUUCUUGAUCACUGCUGAUUCCAAGUCUGAGGAUAGUUCAGAAGCAGCUGGAAAUGAGAACAAAUUAAAUGCACUCUGUGACAGUCAGCAAAGCAGCCUUGAGCACUGGGAUUUUUCCCCACUCAAGGACGCUGAAAUGCAUGUGCCAACAGUGGAUAAGGAUAAGGUGCCCUCUCCAGAGACAGGAAAGAUGGCAGAUACCAUAUGGCAAACAGCUCCUGAGAUGGAACCCAGGAAUGAAAACUGUUCUAAGAUGGAAAUGCUUGGCUUCUCGACAGAGAGUACUGAGUGGUGGAAUACUUCCCCGCAGGAAGGCCGACAAGUUGCAAGUGCAUUUGAAAGGGAUCUGUCUAACUCAAGUGAUGUUAUAGAGAGUAAAUCUUCAGAGUACCAAAACGUGGGUCCCUGGGGUGUCCCCAUUCAGGGUGAUGCGGAGUCUAUGGCAGUGCACUGUGCUAGUCCUUUCAGUGAUAAGCAAGAGUCACCCUUUCUGGAUAGUAGUGGGGAUAACUCCCACAAGCAGUUUUGGAACAUACAACCAAAGCAAUCAGAUCCAGAAACUGAUCAGCAUAACGAACUUGUGGCAUUCGACCAAGUUAAAGAAAACAAUUCAAGAGAGCAAGGUUCUGUGUCCUUCUCUGGUGAUGAGCUCAAGUCUGAAACACCUACCCAGGAGCAGUGUCAGAAUCCAGUGCAGUCUACCUGGGAUCAGCCUGACCCAACAUUGGCUCACGCAGAUGAAAAUACAUCCAUUAUAUCCAAUGUUCCAGCCACCAAACAUCAAGAAACCAAUUGGUGGGAACAAGAAAACUCUUACCUCAGUUGGAAGACUAAGUCAAACCUUGCCUUAGAAUAUUUUCCUGCUGUCCAGUCUUCCACCCAGUUAAUGGAAAUGUCUGGCUCUGAACAGGAAGGCUCUUCUCCCGGUGAGAAGCCCCAAGGCACCUUUACUCCUGAUAUUCUACAUGGCAGUUUCCAAGAAAGUGGACAGCUGACCUCAGCAUCACCUGAUGUGUGGGUGGAUGUCAAGCAGUCCUUCAGUCUGAAAGCAGAGGGUGAGAAUCCCGAUAUCCUGACAUACUGCCCUUCCCAGGCUUCCGGCAGCCCUGAUAUAUAUAAUGAGUCUGAUAGCAAGCAGGCCCAGGAUGCAAUGGGGGUUGAAGGGGAGCCCAGCGAGCUCUAUGUCACCAAGCCAAAGACAGACCAAGAACUUGAUGAGGAGCCUGAGGAGGAAUAUGUUCCAUCAAACUCAGAACUGUGUCCUGAAAACACAGUCUCCUUGCCUCCAGUUACUGAGCCAGCAGGUGCCGAUGAAGCAUCUCAGCCUACUUCUCUAGCAAGUUCUCCUGAAUCUUCUGAAAUACAUGAUGAAAACAAUACCAGGGUAACAACAUCUGGAGAAAAAGCCGACACGGAGAGAUCACAAACUUUGGAAGCUGUUGAUGCAACAGUCCCAACAAUGGAAAAGGUGGGGGACAGCAUUUUUGUAAGUCACCCAGAACCAGUAAUAAAAAUCAGUAGCUCUUGGACAGCCGAGGACUUUUCUGUGGAAGGCCAGGAAAAUGCAGGGGCCUUAUUGGAGUGUGAGCAAUCACUGGCUAGCGAGGCUCUUGCCGUGGUUCGUGGGGCUUCGCCAGCCUCAGACGCUUGUCUGGAUGUUAGUGACGCUGCUUUUGACCACAGUUUCAGCAAAGCCUCGGCUCUCAACACAUCCACAGGAACCAUCGAUGACAUGAGUAAAUUGACCUUAUCAGAAGGCAACUCUGAAAUGUCAGCGGAUGGGGAUGCCGGGAAGCAAGAUAUCUGCUCAUCUGAGGCAUCAUGGGGUGAUUUUGAAUAUGACGUCAUGGGCCAAACCUUGGAUGAAGAUUUAGCGAAAGAGCCUGAACACUUUGUUUAUGGUGGAGAUGCUCCCUUAGAAGAAGACUCGUUGAAGCAGUCGCUGGCACCUUAUACACCGUACACACCUCCCUUCGAUCUGUCUUAUCUCACAGAAUCCACAGCAGCUGCCGCAGCAUCAGAGGAUGAGUCCCUGGGAAGUGAAGCCCCAGAGAUGGUGCUCUCUGCCCCUCCGGAUCCAAGCAGCAAAGGAGACCACCCUGACACCGGGGACAGCCAGCCUGGCCGCCAGCUGGUGGUACUGCACAUUCAUGAAGACCCUGAGUCACAUCCUUUACCUGAAGGAACUGACAACUCGGUCUUGUCCCCAUCAAAUAUCGACUGGGAGGUAGAAACAGAGAAUACAGCAGUACCAGUAGGUGGAGACAUAGGACCAGGAGAUGGUGUCAGCAAGAGGAUUUUACAGUUGGGAGAUGAGAACAUCAUUCCUGAUGAAGAACCCAAAGAGACCAAAUUUGAAUAUGAAGAAGAAAAGUGCUUAGAGAAGAAUGAUCAUCAUGUGCUACACAUGGAUUAUAUACUGGUAAACCAUGACGGGAAUUUAUCCCCGAAGACAGAUGCCAGUGAAGCAAGAGACAGCAUGCCUGAUUUGGAAGAAUUUCAUAGAGAUGCCCAAGAUAUGGAACUGCCAGGCGCUCCGUUAGCAAGCUCUCCUGAUACAUGCCAGUCAAACUCCAUCAAUGAGACAAGCCCUCACCCUGUGGAGAGACUAGCUUUAACAGAUGAUAAGAGAUCACCUCUGGAAAGCCCAGGGCAAGAUCCAAGUUGGAUGGUCUUGAGCCAUGAUAAGGCUGCUAAACUAUCAUCAGAAACUAAUGACUCGUCGCCUCAAGAAGAUGACAAGACUGUGCAGCCAGCCUUUACCUUGGACGACAGUUCCCAAAUGCAGGUUCCAGAAGAAAUGAAGCCUAUGGAUUCUUUAGCGGUAGAGGAAGCCUUUGGUCUUGGCAACCAAUCAGAGAUGAGUAAGAGCCAAAACCAGGCUGGUUCAGAAGCCGUUCUGUUGCAGACAGUCACUCAUGACAAUGAAUGGGAAAUGCUUUCCCCACAGCCUUCUCCGAAAAACACCAUCCCUGAAAUGGAAAUGGAGGAGGAGACGGAGUUUCUUGAGCCCAGAGCAAGAAAACCAAAACCAAAUGAACUAUUGUCAGAGGAUGUAGGCAUGGAUAACCCCUUUGAUGAGGGGAUGCUGAGUCCUAACGCUGUGGACAUGCGGCCUGAACCUCCGAAUUCUCUGGAUCUAAAUGGUGUUCACUCUCAGAGGAUCAAGCUCACAGCCCCAAAUAUCAAUCUUUCUCUGGACCAGAGUGAAGGAUCUAUCCUCUCUGAUGACAAUCUGGACAGCCCCGAUGAAAUCGAUAUCAAUGUGGACGAACUUGAUACUCCUGAUGAAGCAGAUUCUUUUGAGUACACUGGCCAUGAGGACCCCACAGCCAACAAAGAUCCUGGCCAAGAGACAGAGUCUAUUCCAGAGUAUACAGCAGAAGAGGAGCGGGAAGAUAACCGACUGUGGAGGACAGUGGUGAUCGGAGAACAAGAGCAGCGGAUUGACAUGAAGGUCAUCGAGCCCUAUAGGAGAGUCAUUUCUCAUGGAGGAUACUACGGGGAUGGUCUAAAUGCCAUCAUUGUGUUUGCUGCCUGUUUUCUGCCAGACAGCAAUCGGGCGGAUUACCACUAUGUCAUGGAAAAUCUUUUCCUAUAUGUAAUAAGUACUUUAGAGCUGAUGGUAGCUGAGGACUAUAUGAUUGUGUAUUUGAAUGGUGCAACCCCACGACGGAAGAUGCCAGGACUGGGCUGGAUGAAGAAAUGCUACCAGAUGAUUGACAGACGGUUGCGGAAGAAUUUAAAAUCAUUCAUCAUUGUUCACCCAUCUUGGUUCAUCAGAACAAUCCUUGCAGUGACACGGCCUUUUAUAAGUUCAAAAUUCAGCAGUAAGAUUAAAUAUGUCAGUAGCUUGUCGGAACUCAGUGGACUGAUCCCAAUGGAUUGCAUCCAUAUUCCCGAGAGCAUCAUCAAACUGGAUGAAGAACUGAGGGAAGCAUCAGAAGCAGCUAAUAAAACUAGCUGCCUUUACAAUGAUCCAGAAAUGUCUUCAAUGGAAAAGGAUAUGGAUCUGAAGCUGAAAGAAAAGCCAUAGAGAGUUGCAACUGGGAGAAGAAACAUCACGUCCGCUUCGUAAUUCUGCUGAAUC